AUGCUACUCUAUUUGACUUUUGAGGCACCAGUGACCUUCAAGGAUGUGGUUGUGACCUUCACCCCAGAGGAGUGGGAAUUACUGGAUCCAGCUCAGAGGACCCUGUACUGGAAGGUGAUGCUGGAGACCUAUAGGUUCCUGGUCUCACUGGAGCACCAGCGGAUUCACAGUGGAGAGAAGCCCUUUGUGUGCAUCGAGUGUGGGAAAGCCUUCAGCCGCAAGGCACACCUCACGGAGCACCAGCGGAUUCACAGUGGAGAGAAGCCCUAUGUGUGCGGUGAAUGCGGAACGGCCUUCGCCCACCACUCUGAUUUCAUUCGGCAUAAGAGAACCCACACUGGAGAGAAACCCUUUGAGUGCAAAGAAUGUGGGAAAGCAUUUAGUGACAGCUCUUCUGUAACUCGACACAUGAGGUGUCCCUCUAGGGAGAAGCCUUAUGAGUGCAGUGAGUGUGGAAAGACCUACAGCUACAGCUCAACCCUCACCACCCAUCAAAAGAUUCAUAGUGGGGUGAAAUCCUACAAGUGUAAGAGAUGUGGAAAGGCCUUUUACCAGAAGGCAGAGCUCAGACAACGUCAGAGAUCUCAUACUGGGGACAGACUUUUCUGA